AUGCCAUUAAAAGGUAAAAGGAAAGCUUUCUUGGAUCUACUGAUGUCAUUAUCCAAUAAAUUCACUGACGAGGAGCUCCGCGAUGAAGUCAAUACAAUGAUUAUGGCAGGUAACGACACCACAGCAACGGUCAACUGCUUCGCCAUGCUCAUGCUAGCCAUGUACCCCGAAAUUCAAGAUAAAGUUUACGAGGAGCUUCGCGGAAUCUACGGAUACGCGGAUCCGAGUAGUGUCCCGGUGAGGCACGAGGACCUCCAGCGCAUGGAGUACCUGGAGCGCGUGAUCAAGGAGACCAUGAGGAUAUUCCCGAUUGGACCACUACUCGUCAGGCGCAUCACCGAUGACCUCAACAUAGGCAAGCCCAUACCCUACCAAAUGGGAAAAACAUAUUUAUUCAUUAUUUUUAAUUGGUUCAAAAUAGAGGAACACAAGCUGGCCAAGGGCCAAAUUACCGUCCUUUUCACGAUAUCUACAGCCGUACCUGUAACUUAUUCGUGA